GUGCCUAGCUGACUGGCACACCAGUUCCUUCAGCAACUCAACGGCCCACCACCACCACCAGGCAGAGAACCGGGCCAUGAUCGGUAUCAACACCAACGGCCCUGGCACCCGGCCCGACCAGAUCGGAGGAGUAAAAGAUGAGGCUGAACACCACAACAUUUCGGGACACAAGCCGCACAUAUGA